ACAUGCAGGUGAUUUUGGACGCCUCCAUGUCCAGAUCUAUGACGCAGGCUCUGAUGCCUGCUAUGGGCGUGAUGUCGAUUUUAUUUGUCACAAACAAUCACUAAGGUCCUCAUUACAUGCUCAGCAGUCAGCUCAGCAGACUGCCAUGUUGACUGCACCUAUGCCGGCACCUGUCACACAAGGCCAUAAGGCUAUGGCCAAAUCUAAACACUCCUCCAAAACAAGUUUGACAGUUUUCCUGCUGUCACAGAUGGCACGCAAAUACAACUGCGCAAAAGAGCCACUAGCCGGGCAAAGUCGGCUAAACUAUGGAAGCGGACGAAAGCCCAGCUUAAUUUGUCUAAAUCUGAUCUCGGCAACAUUGAGGAAGAAA